CCCUGGAGCAGGCGCCACGUGAUCUGCCAGGCUUAAAAGACCGCACCGCUCGACCCUGACACCAGCACCCCAGCUGCCACCUCCAGAGCUUCUGAGCCCAGGGAGCCAGCCGGAGCCACUUCGAUGGAGAUGGAGACGGGGACCAAGCUGCAGUGCCCGCAGCCCAGCAGGCAAGCUCAGGAUCUGUCUGAGGCCAUCAAGGAGGCCACCAAGGAGGUGCACACCCAGGCAGAGAACACUGAGUUCAUGCGGAAUUUUCAGAAGGGCCAAGUGACUCCAGAGGCCUUCAAGCUGGUGAUGGCCUCACUGUACCACAUCUAUGCCGCGCUGGAGGAGGAGAUUGAGCGCAGCAGGGACAGUCCUUCCUUCGCACCUGUCUACUUCCCUGAAGAGCUGCACCGGCGUGAGGCACUGGAGCAGGACAUGGCCUUCUGGUACGGGCCACAGUGGCGCCUGGCCGUGCCCUGCUCGCCCGCCACCAGCCGCUACGUGCAGCGGCUCCACGAGGUGGGGCGUGCAGAGCCGGAGCUGCUGGUGGCCCAUGCCUACACCCGCUACCUGGGAGACCUGUCAGGCGGCCAGGUCCUCAAGAAGAUUGCCCAGAAGGCCCUGGGGCUGCCGGCCUCUGGUGAGGGCCUGGCUUUCUUCACUUUCCCUGGAGUCCCCAACGCCACCAAGUUCAAGCAGCUGUACCGUGCUCGCAUGAACUCCCUGGAGAUGACGCCCGAGGUGCGGCACAGGGUGCUGGCCGAGGCCAAGGCCGCCUUCCUGCUCAACAUCCAGCUGUUCGAGGAGCUACAGGGGCUGCUGACCCCCAAGUCUCAGGACCAGAGUCCUCCCCAGACACUGGGGCUCCACCACCGGGCCAGCAGCCAGGGACAAGAACCCAGCCUGGACGAGGUGCCCCAGGGCAAGGCCCAGCUCCCCAGCCAAUCCUCUGGGCCCCUGCUGCCAUGGGUGCUGACCCUCCUCACCUUCCUGGUGGCCACGGUGGCCAUGAGUCUUUAUGCCUUGUGAAUGCUGGGGCGCUGGCCUUGUGGCCGUGAACUGCAUCUGGGAUGCCGGAGUGGCGUUCGCCCUGUCCUGGCUCAGCAUGGGCCUCUCAGUCCCUGUCCUCCUCCACGUCCCUCUUGGAGCAGAAGGCGCCCCAGCCUCUGCCCACCAAGAGCGUGUGCAGCAGCUGGACUCCCCGACUCAGCACCCUUCCUGCAGCUGAGCCUGGAGGUCACAGCCAACAGGCCAUGACCUGAGCCUCUGGUUCAGUGACCACACACCUGUGGGCAUGGACAUUUUUAUAUCAGUGUUGUCUUGUGUCUCUGUCUUGUUUCUGUGUGAGCCACUCCUCGAUCCUGGUUCAUCCUGAACUGGGGACUUUAUUGUGUGGGUUUUUUUAUAACAGGGGUAGGGCCUUUGCGGGUGGGGUGGGAUUCACCACACUGUGGCCUUGGUGGCACUUCUGUGUGGAACAAUAAAAGCUGUGGAGUGAUGGUA